AUGUCUACCUGGGAAGCUCACAUGGACUCGGAGGCGCGCAAUCGGCUGCCGACUCUGUUUGAAGUGCUGAGUCGCCGCACUUUGGCCCCUGUCGAUCUCUUUUCCUUCUACAUUUACAUGCGCGACCAGCAACGUUCUGUUGACUACCUUGACUUCUGGCUCGAUGUCUCUCAACACAUGUCCCUUUGCCGCCACUAUGUCCGUGAACUUCGCCGCUCCGUGCUCGUCGCAACUCCCGACAUGGAGAGAGCAGACAGCAAACGAUCUUCCGCGAUGCUCGAGAACCUGGAGAACUUAGGUGAUAUUCCGAUGACGGAGGCUGGGCCUUCACGCCUGGCAGGUAACGAAAAAGAACGCGAUGCCGAUCAUCGCCUGUCUGCUUUCCUGCGGUCGGAAGGCCACACCUCAACCCACUCGCCCCAGAACAGCAUCGGAUCCGAAUCCGUUUACCAAACCCGCACCGAGUCGCCCGAUUUGCAACCACGUCCUAGCUCCGGUACUCACAAUGGUGACGACUCCAACUCUCCCGGUCACACCGUUGCCCGUAACGAUAUCCGCGCCAGCGCCGAAAAGAUUCUCUACACUUACUUGCUCCCUGGAUCUGAACGCGAAAUUGUCUUGCCUGAAACAAUGGUCUCGACUAUAAUCAACCUGAUUGAAGAUGACGGUCGUGAUGAUCCGCAGGUGUUUGACCCUGCCAAGGACUACGUUUUUCAAGCUAUGGAGCGCGAUGCUUUCCCAGGUUUCUUGCAGGCCAAGGCCCUGGGCAAUCUUGUGCCACUGAGCAUUAUUUUGCGUCUGGCCUUUGCUCUGAUCAGCUUCGGUGGCGGGUUCUGGGGAGCCUUCUAUGUUGUUCUGCGCAACAAGCCUCGGCACAUUCGUUGCUGGGUCAUUCUUCCCUUUGCUGUUGCGGCCUACUUCAUCGUCUCGUACCAGUAUAAGAUUGAUCCCGUCAUGGCGUUUAUUGCUUACAGCGAAUACACCUUUAUGAACUGGGCACCGAUUCGCGAACCCUAUGUUCGCAAACUGCUGAACAAGCGCGCUAUCGUCACUGCGGCCGUUGCCUUCCUCACAGCUGCUGCCUUGAGUAUUCUGUUCAUCUUCGUUCCUGGUACCAUGAUGUGA